AUGGAUUUCAAUGAGCAGUCGUAUUAUAAAACAAAACAUUUGGAUAUCAGUAAAGAUGAUUUUAAAACUAUAUUAGAAGUUCCUUCUUAAGGAGAAGUAGUUAGAUUUAUCGAAAAAUAUUAGGAUCCUGAUAAAUUUAUAAAAAUUAGUUAAAACGGCAGAAUAGAUAACCUUAGAUAAUAUUUUAAGCGUAAGCAUAUAUAAGCUUAGUAAACAUUCUUACUUGGUCAAGGAACUCAGAAAACUUUAUUGUUUAAAAGUUACUGA